ACCCCCUCUCCCUCUCCCUCUCAAAACCACUAGAUUUUCCAAACCCAAUGCAAAGGGAAGCAGCGUAAUGGCAAUUAACAAAUCCUCCCUCUCUAUCUCUUAAACAUACAGAGAUUAAGAAAAUGGCGCUUCUUCACCUCAUUCCCUCGUCUUCCUCUUCAUCGCUCUCUCACAAGCCCACUCUAAACGCUAACAGUAUUCCGUCGUCCCCCUUAAACCCAAACCCUGUAUUGCUCUCUUCGAAACGCAGUUCUUUGCGAAGAAAACGCAGCUCCCUGCUUCGGUGCUCGGCCUCGUCUUUCUCUGAGAAGCACCACACGAAUCCACCCAAGUCGAACGACGUGGUGGAGCUCCCGCUCUUCCCUCUCCCGCUCGUGCUCUUCCCCGGCGCGAUCCUCCCGCUCCAGAUCUUCGAGCUCCGAUACCGGAUGAUGAUGCACACGCUCCUCCAGACCGAUCUCCGGUUUGGCGUUAUCUACUCCGACUCCGUUUCGGGCACCGCGGAGGUCGGCUGCGUCGGGGAGGUGGUGAAGCACGAGCGCCUCGUCGACGACCGGUUCUUCCUCAUCUGCAAGGGCCAGGAACGGUUCCGAGUGACCAAUCUGGUGCGGACCAAGCCCUACCUGGUCGCCGAGGUGACUUGGCUGGAGGACCGGCCGUCCGGCGACGGGGAAGAGGAUCUAGAGGAGUUGGCGAGCGAGGUGGAGGGGCACAUGAAGGACGUGAUUCGGCUCUCGAACCGGCUCGGUGGGAAGCCGGAGAAGGAGGCACAGGACCUUCGCCGGAACCUCUUUCCGACGCCGUUUUCGUUCUUCGUCGGGAGCACAUUCGAGGGCGCGCCGAGAGAGCAGCAGGCGCUGCUGGAGUUGGAGGACACGGCGGCGAGGCUGAAGAGGGAGAAGGAGACCUUGCGGAACACGCUCAAUUACUUGACGGCCGCCUCGGCCGUCAAGGACGUGUUUCCGUCUUCUUGAUGCUCGGAGGUACUGUACUGAUCGAUUACUGCUUAUUUUUGUACACCGUGUUUAAGGAUUUUAGCGAAAGUUGUAAAUUUUGAUGUGUAAUUCGAAUUGUAAUUUUUUGUUUAGCUAUUAGAUAGUUCCGAUACUGAAAGGUUUUAUAUAUGCUGGUUAAAAGUUUGGUAA